CCCGGCCUGGUUUAUUUAGCCAAUGACGUUUGCUCGUUAAAAAAGCAACUUGACCGUGUGAAAGACAGCGCCACCGCAAGAAGAAAGGAAAAAGAAAAGCAAACCAAAAUUCUAGAUGAAUGAUCAGCACAGUCUAACAAAGAAAAAAAAAACAAGUCUUGCUAAAACCCAAAAGGACGGGCGCGCCAUCCGUCGCAUCAUCAACUCAUCGCACACGCCACACUGUAAUUAGCCAGCCAAGGAAAAGCCCCAGCUCCAGCCUUAUAGCGCUCUGAGUGGGUUUGGUGGUGGUACGUACUCCGUUGUGCAGUUUGCUACUGCACCAGCACCGAGUGCAGCGGGCGGAUGCUCCGCGCAGCAAACAGCACUGGUAGGAACAGCACCAGAGCUGGCCGUGACACCCCUCCCCCAGUUUAGCCGGCAAUGACCCGCCCACCUGCCUCGUCCUUGCCUUCGACGAAAAAUUCUUCCACCUCCGAAGCCCAGAUCUCGACAAACCAAGCAAGUUCACGGGGCCGAGUUCUUCCUCUUCCGUUGCGCGACGGGUCCCAUACGCAUCGCAUUUAUCAUUACUCCGAAGAGCCAGAGCCCGUGUAAGUCAAGCAGCGUGCAACAUUGGCCUCGAAGCAACAUUUCCCUGCCGAUUUGCUUUCCUGAAUUUUGCCAAUCGCGCCGUCGCGCUCGCCUCGGUCGGUGGAUGCUAAUAAUGAAAUUUUUAGCUAUUUUUGUGGCCACCUGCUUUCUGCCCUGCUGUUAGCAGCACCCUUCAACACCACGCCCAAAGCGACUAACGGCGUAUAAGUAAAAAGAGACUUUGUCCUUUUGUGUCGCAUCACGAAAUCCUUUAUCGUCUUCCGAUCAAUUGCUUUUGCACAGGAGCGCGUUGCGCACGAUUCCUCCCUUACCCCCUUUCCCAACCAUGGGCCCUGAUCGCGAUCCCGACACGGACGGUGACGCCAACCUCAGCUAUCCUUCUCCAGGCGCCGAAGCCCUCGAUGCAGGCCCAUUCUAUAACGCUGGCGGACGAGAUGGUGUAAGCGACCACCAAGACCACUCGGUGCACCACAACGGCGACGAGCUGCAUGCUGGCGAUGCGGACGCGAGCCACCUGCACGGCGAGCACGACUCGCAGCAUGACCAGCGUCCUACCAACCUGGAAGAGCUGCAGCUGGCGGCGCAGCUUGGCCAAGGCCUGACGGGUGCUUCUAUUCUGCCCGCAACAGACCCCAACAUGAGCGUUGACGAUUCCGGCAUGCGCAGCAUCAUGCCUCACCCCGAUGCCGACCCCCACCAGUCCUUUGUCCACGACACGCCGACAUCUGACCACAUGGUCCAGCAUGCCAUGUCGGUGCCGCCGCAGCUCACUCCCCAAUACACGAUGCCUGAUGGUAUUCCUCCUCGCAAGCGCUCCAAGGUAUCGCGCGCGUGUGACGAAUGCCGUCGCAAGAAGAUCAAGUGUGACGCCCAGUCCGAUACUGGCGAGGCGCCAUGCUCCAGCUGCGCUCGCUCAUCAAUACGCUGUCUCUUCAGCCGAGUUCCUCAAAAGCGCGGUCCCAGCAAAGGUUAUAUCAAAGAAUUGGCCGACCGAAUCAACAGCAUUGAAAACAAGCUUGAAUCCGAAGGCAACCUUACACAAGACGAAAUUGACAGACUCUUUGGCGCUGAGCGUCCGCGUGCCUCCAACGGCACUGCGGCAGUCGACGAUUCGAGUCGCAAGCGUCCCUUCUCCAGCAUCUCCGGCCCUGAUUUCAGCACACCAGUCACAGCACGCCAAGCGCCUUGGGGCACCGAUGGCCGAUCAAGCCAAGUCGACAGCUUCUCAGCAUUCGGCAACUCAGCGCUGGCUCCCGUGCCGUCCGCCAUCCGGCCCGAUGAGACCCCCUCCAAGACUGCGCCAGUCAUUGACUCUGAGAUGACCGAUGACGAAGACCUCCCCGAGAUUGACGAGGCGGAAUUCAACGACGUCUUCCUCGCCAUUCAACCAGUAUAUCCCAUCCUGCCUAGCAGCAAAGAGAAGAUGCAGCUGCUGCUAGCUCAAUGCCCUGCACCAGUCAAGACAGCCUUUGUGCUUGCACUCCAGGCCGUCGGACAAACGACCCCAGGCGACGUUAAGCAAGCAAGCGCACUACUGAGCGAGUGGGAAAACAGCAACGAGCCUCGCAGCCGCGCCGCAGACAUUGUCCACGCACAAACACUAGUCCUGCUAACCACGGACGCCGACUGGCGGGCUCUCCCGUCGCUGCCAUUCCUGCUCUCGCGUGCCGUAGCGCUCGCCAACACCAUGAAGCUGUGGCGCUUCACCCCCGUCGAGGAGCAGACCGACGUCGACUCGGAAGACAUGCUGGCCGUCCGCAUCUGGUGGUCCAUUGUCCUCCUGGACCGCUGGAACGCGGCCGGCACCGGCAGCCCGGCGCACAUCCCCGACAAGAGCGCCGUAGUACCCGCCGGCCUCGAGAACAUUGUCGGCGAGAUAUGCUUCCACUACAUCCGUCUCUCUAAGCUUCUCAACCGCAUUGCAUAUGUGAUAUCCACGCUGCCACAGGAAGCCACCACGGCCGACCCGGCCAUGGUUGCCAUCCUCACAGACUACAUUGAAAACUACAGGGAAGACUUACCCGCACACGUCGACGCUGCCGCAUACCCCCUAAUCCACCUUGCCUACUGGCACUGCAAGCUCCUCAUCACCAUGCUGACCGACGGCGCCACGCCCGCCGAGCUGCUCUGGUCGACCAAGGAGCUGACCAACCUGCUCAUUGCCAACGGCGACACGCGCAGCCCGUUGGCCAACCACUUUGCCGCGCUGGCGUACAUGGCCCUGGGCCGUCUCACAAAGCCCGAAGGCACGCACGAGGACGCACUACAGCUCAUCAAGGAUGCCAGCGAGCCCACGUCCGGCGGCGUCUGGGACCCCUUCCGCGAUAAGCUGGCGUCUAUGCUCCGCCCCUCGUCGUCGGCAGAAGCCGCCAGCCAAGGGCUACAGCACCUAGCAGAUCUGGCGACGGCCCACGCUCCCGCCGAGGGCGAGCCUGGCGCCGAAGGAUCCCUGGCAACGGGCUAUCUGGAGAACGCUGCUUGAAAGAGAGAGCGUCCACUUAGCCGCCGGCGGAAACUGAAGAGCCAGUGUGGGUGCUACACACUCACUCUGAGCAGUUUCAUAUUGGAAAAGCAAGGGGCGGAGCUGUACGCCGAUGGCCCGUCCUUGUUUUUUUUCCCCUUGUACAACAUGUAUCAGCUUCUUUUUUUUCUCCCUUUUUUUAAAAUUUUUUUUUGUUUUAAUGUCUUUUUUAUUUUAUUGUUGGCGAGCGUACCCACGGUUCACCUGCAUCGUUUACACCGCAGUGGAUGCCAUUUUGUGCGACAAGCGGUGACUUGGCUUGACCCGCUGCCUUUGGACCGUCGAUACUCGACAAUACCCGCGGGCGAGGCUGGAUCGAAAGAGGGGAAACUGAGGAGACCACGAGGACAAGUGAUGGUGAAGGAGGGGCCUCUUUAAUUGGGGCUCUGCAAGGCGAUGAUGGUGUUAAAGAGGGGAUGCACGGCAUAAAACAAGAAGUGACAAAUGGGCUGUGUAUUUUUUUUAUUGGGUGGUUUAUUAUCAUGACUAGUAAGUAGUAGUGCCUCUGACGCAAAUCUCUACUUGAACGGAAAUACAAAAAUGAAACUUGUUUUCUAUUUC